AGGGGCGCGGCGAAGGGCGCUGCUUUCCUGCUUCAACACGCCUACUUUAGCUAAAACAGAAACUUAAAGCCAGGACGGGUCACCCUUUGUGGGCCCCUGAAAAAUACAAAACGAAGUUUCGAGAGAGUUCAAAGGCGUUUGGACCGACCAUGGCGAUUUUAGAUUUCCGGGCCCCUGCAGAAGCGAAAGCGCUCGCGGUGCCAUUGGCUCUGGCUGAGGGCGAGUCCGGAACCUGUGCGCAGCGGAACUUUCGGCUCUGACAUCCACGUUGCGCUACGCGCCUGUUUGCCGAGCGGUUUCCGGGCGGCUCCCUUCCCUUGCAUGCGGCAUUGUGUCGGGAGUUGCUGACAGCCAUGGCCCCGCGGGUCUGGCGUCGACGGACCCUGGAGCGGUGUCUGGCAGAAGUCGGCAAAGCCACGGGUCGGCCCGAGUGCUUCCUCACGAUUCAAGAUGGAUUGGCAUCAAAGUUCACUUCUUUAACAAAAGUGCUUUAUGACUUUAAUAAAAUAUUAGAGAAUGGUAGGAUCCAUGGAAGCCGCUUGCAAAAACUUGUGAUAGAAAAUUUUGAUGAUGAGCAGAUUUGGCAACAACUGGAAUUGCAAAAUGAACCAAUUUUACAAUACUUUCAGAAUGCAGUUAGUGAAACAAUUAAUGAUGAAGACAUCAGUCUUCUCCCAGAGAGUGAAGAACAGGAACGUGAAGAGGAUGGUUCAGAGAUAGAGGCUGAUGACCAGGAGGACCUAGAAGAUUUAGAAGAGGAGGAAGAAGUGUCAGACGUGGGUGAUGAUGAUCCUGAAGUGGGUGAGAGAACUAAAAACUCGAGCAAAUCUGGUCUGAGGAAAAGCCCAGUUUUCAGUGAUGAGGAUUCUGACCUUGACUUUGAUAUCAGCAAAUUGGAACAGCAGAGCAAGGUGCAACACAAAGGACAUGGGAAACCUAGAGAAAAGUCCGUAGUAGAUGAUAAAUUCUUCAAACUCUCCGAAAUGGAGGCCUAUUUAGAAAACAUAGAAAAAGAAGAGGAACGAAAAGAUGAUGAUGAUGAGGAGGAAGAUAUUGAUUUUUUUGAAGAUAUUGAUUCUGAUGAAGAUGAAGGGGGACUGUUUGGAAGUAAAAAACUUAAGUCAGGUAAAAGUUCCAGAAAUCUGAAAUACGAAGAUUUUUUUGAUCCAGUUGAAAGUGAUGAAGACACAACAAGUGUUCAUGAUGAUGAGCUGGAUUCAAACAAAGAUGAUGAUGAAAUUGCUGAAGAGGAAGCAGAAGAACUAAAUAUUUCGGAAACGGAUGAAGAUGAUGACCUUGAAGAAAAUGAAGACGAUAAACAACAUAAAGAAAGCUUGAAAAGAGUGACCUUUGCUUUACCAGAUGACGAGGAAACUGAAGAUACAGGUGUUUUAAAUGUAAAGAAAAAUUCUGAUGAAGUUAAAUCCUCUUUUGAAAAAAGGCAGGAAAAGAUGAAUGAAAAAAUUGCAUGUUUAGAAAAAGAGUUGUUAGAAAAAAAGCCGUGGCAGCUUCAGGGGGAAGUGACAGCACAGAAGAGGCCAGAGAACAGCCUCUUGGAGGAGACCCUGCACUUUGACCAUGCUGUCCGGAUGGCACCUGUGAUUACAGAGGAAACCACCCUUCAACUGGAAGAUAUCAUUAAACAGAGGAUAAGAGAUCAGGCUUGGGAUGAUGUAGUACGUAAAGAAAAACCUAAAGAGGAUGCAUAUGAAUAUAAAAAGCGUUUAACCUUAGACCAUGAGAAGAGUAAAUUGAGCCUUGCUGAAAUUUAUGAACAGGAGUACAUCAAACUCAACCAGCAAAAAACAGCAGAAGAAGAAAAUCCAGAGCAUGUAGAAAUUCAGAAGAUGAUGGAUUCCCUCUUCUUAAAAUUGGAUGCCCUCUCAAACUUCCACUUUAUCCCUAAACCGCCUGUACCAGAGAUUAAAGUUGUGUCAAAUCUGCCAGCCAUAACCAUGGAGGAAGUAGCCCCAGUGAGUGUUAGUGAUGCAGCUCUCCUGGCCCCAGAGGAGAUCAAGGAGAAAAAUAAAGCUGGAGAUAUAAAAACAGCUGCUGAAAAAACAGCUACAGACAAGAAACGAGAGCGAAGGAAAAAGAAAUAUCAAAAGCGUAUGAAAAUAAAAGAAAAGGAGAAGCGGAGAAAACUGCUUGAAAAGAGCAGUGUAGAUCAAGCAGGGAAAUACAGCAAAGCAGUAGCUUCGGAGAAGUUAAAACAGCUGACCAAAACUGGCAAAGCUUCCUUCAUAAAGGAUGAAGGUAAAGACAAAGCCUUAAAGUCCUCUCAAGCAUUCUUUUCUAAAUUACAAGAUCAAGUAAAAAUGCAAAUCAAUGAUGCAAAGAAAGCAGAAAAGAAAAAGAAGAAAAGACAGGAUAUUUCUGUUCAUAAAUUAAAACUGUAAUAUAUUUUGAAUAUAAUGUAAAUAUUAAUGUGUAAGCUUAUGUUGUGUCAUUGUUCUGUUUUAUAAUACAAUUCUUGAGAACCUU